CAGCUCUCCCUCUCCGUCAGCCCCCGUUUCUUCACUUCAUCGGAUAUUCAUCCACUCGUUGAUCUAUCGGAUGUUAGCAUUUCUAACCAUAAUCAAAAUCCACUUUCGCCGUAACAAUCCGGGAACCCUUAUCGAUCUUCUUAGAAACUUCAAUUAUGUAAGUUGAAGAAGCAUUGGAAGUGAUUGAGGAUUCGAGUGAUCAUAUUCUUGGAGCAAUCGAGUUCUCCCGGUGAUACAUCAAACUUCUGUCUUAAAACUAUUACGCCGCUAGACCUGUGAAUAUCUUCUCCUAUGGCUGAUAACCGAAAUGGUAAUGCUAAGGCUGCUAAUGGGAAAGCAUCUGGAGCACCUAGCACUUAUAGUAUAAGUGUGGAUACCUUCAGUAAGCGUUUAAAAAUGCUGUACUCUCACUGGAGUGACUACAAUAAUGAACUUUGGGGCUCUUCAGAAGUUAUUGCAAUAGGAACUCCUCCUCCAUCGGAGGAUUUGAGGUACUUAAAAUCUUCAGCUCUUAACAUGUGGUUGGUUGGGUAUGAGUUUCCUGAUACAAUUAUGGUAUUCAUGAAGAAGCAGAUCCAUUUUCUGUGUAGCCAGAAAAAGGCAUCCUUACUUGAAGUUGUGAAACAAUCUGCUAAGGAUGCUGUAGGUGUGGAUGUUGUGAUGCAUAUUAAAGCCAAAAAUGAUGAUGGAACUGAAUCAAUGGAUGCUAUAUUCAAUGCCAUUCAUGCUCAGAAUGGUCAUGAUACCCCUGUAGUUGGACACCUUGCAAGAGAGGCUCCUGAAGGGAAUCUGUUAGAGACGUGGAGUGAGAAAUUACAUAAUGCUAAUUUUCAACUUAGUGACAUAGCGAGUGGGUUCUCUGACCUGUUUGCUGUCAAGGAUGCUGCUGAGAUAAUGAAUGUGAAGAAAGCUGCUUAUUUGACUUCAUCUGUGAUGAAGCAUUUUGUGGUCCCAAAACUCGAAAGGGUUAUUGAUGAAGAAAAGAAGGUAACUCAUUCUUCACUUAUGGGUGAUACUGAAAAGGUCAUACUUGAACCUGCAAGGAUUAAGGUGAAGCUGAAAGCAGAAAAUGUUGAUAUCUGUUACCCACCAAUUUUUCAGAGUGGGGGAGAGUUUGAUCUGAAACCAAGUGCAUCGAGCAAUGAUCAAAACCUUUACUAUGAUUCAACUAGUGUGAUCAUAUGUGCAGUUGGGUCACGUUACAAUAGCUAUUGCUCGAAUGUUGCUCGCACUUUUCUAAUUGAUGCAAACCCGAUGCAAAGCAAGGCUUAUGAAGUCCUCCUUAAGGCCCAUGAUGCAGCAAUUAGUGCUCUGAGACCAGGUAAGAAGGCUGGUGAAGCAUACCAAGCAGCAAUUUCCAUAAUUGAAACGGAGGUACCUGAAUUGACUGCAAGUGUGACCAAAUCAGCAGGGACUGGUAUUGGCCUCGAGUUCCGUGAGUCAGGGUUGAUUCUCAAUGGCAAGAAUGACAGAUUGCUGAAAGCUGGAAUGGUUUUUAAUGUGAGUAUUGGGUUUCAGAAUUUGCAAACAGAGACAAAAAACCCAAAGACUGGAAAGUUUUCGAUGUUGCUUGCUGAUACAGUUAUUGUUGGCCAAACUUCCCCAGAGGUGGUGACGUCUAUGAGUUCAAAAGCUGUAAAAGAUGUGGCUUACUCAUUCAAUGAGGAUGGAGAUGAAGAAGAAGAGCAGACAAAAGUUAAGGUGAAGCCUGAUCGUGCUGAAGGACUCCCAUCUAAGGCCACACUCAGGUCUGUUAACCAUGAGGCAUCCAAAGAGGAGCUGAGGAGGCAACACCAGGCAGAAUUGGCACGUCAAAAGAAUGAAGAAACUUUAAGGAGGCUCACAGGAGGCAGUGCUGGGGUGGCAGAUAAUCGUGGUGCUGUAAGAACCAGUGGAGAUCUAGUUGCAUAUAGGAACAUUAAUGACCUACCUUCUCCCAAAGAUUUGAUGAUUCAGGUUGAUCAGAAGAAUGAGUCUGUCCUCUUACCUAUUCAUGGAAGCAUGAUUCCAUUCCAUGUUGCCACAGUGAAAAGUGUAUCUAGUCAACAGGAUACAAAUCGUACUUGCUAUAUCAGGAUAAUGUUUAAUGUGCCUGGCACGCCUUUCAAUCCUCAUGACUCAAACACACUAAAGUUUCAGGGGUCUAUAUAUGUUAAAGAAGUUUCUUUUCGUUCGAAGGACACAAGACACAUUAGUGAAAUAGUCCAACAGAUAAGAACUCUCCGCAGGCAGGUUGUCUCUCGGGAGUCGGAAAAGGCUGAGAGGGCAACCUUAGUGACACAGGAGAAACUACAACUUGCAGGAGCCAAAUUUAAGCCUAUAAAGUUGACUGAUUUGUGGAUCCGUCCUGUAUUUGGUGGCCGAGGGAGAAAACUUCCUGGUACUUUAGAAGCUCACACAAAUGGAUUUCGUUAUGGAACUUCAAGGCCAGAUGAGAGAGUGGAUAUUAUGUAUGGCAACCUCAAACAUGCAUUCUUCCAGCCAGCAGAGAAGGAAAUGAUCACACUGCUCCACUUUCAUCUGCAUAAUCACAUAAUGGUGGGAAACAAGAAAACCAAGGAUGUCCAAUUCUAUGUUGAAGUCAUGGAUGUGGUUCAAACGAUUGGUGGUGGAAAAAGAUCUGCUUAUGAUCCUGAUGAGAUUGAGGAGGAGCAGCGAGAGAGGGAGAGGAAAAAUAAGAUAAACAUGGAAUUCCAGAACUUCAUAAACAAAGUUAACGAUCUUUGGGGGCAGCCUCAAUUUAAAGCGCUUGAUCUGGAAUUUGAUCAGCCAUUGAGAGAACUUGGGUUCCAUGGUGUGCCACAUAAAUCAACAGCUUUUAUUGUCCCAACCUCAAGCUGCCUUGUUGAGCUUGUCGAGACACCUUUUGUUGUAAUAACACUUGGUGAGAUUGAGAUUGUCAAUUUGGAAAGGGUGGGGCUGGGCCAGAAGAAUUUUGACAUGACAAUUGUGUUCAAGGACUUCAAGCGAGAUGUUAUGCGGAUUGAUUCCAUCCCUUCAACGGCACUGGAUGGAAUCAAGGAAUGGCUUGACACGACAGACCUGAAGUACUAUGAAAGCAGGUUAAACCUUAACUGGAGGCAGAUACUAAAAACAAUCACCGAUGAUCCAGAGGAUUUCAUUGAGAAUGGUGGAUGGGAGUUCCUCAAUUUGGAGGCCUCUGAUUCUGAAUCUGAUAACUCGCAGGAUUCUGAUGGUGGUUAUGUGCCCUCAGAUGUAGAGCCUGAGUCUUCAGAUGAAGAGGACGCUGACAGUGAGUCACUAGUGGAGUCGGAGGAUGAUGAAGGUGAUGAUUCUGAAGAAGGCUCUGAAGAAGACGAAGGAAAAACAUGGGAGGAGUUAGAAAGGGAAGCAAGUAAUGCAGACAGAGAGAAGGGAGACGAUUCAGAUAGUGAGGAGGACAGAAGGAAGAGGAAAAUGAAGGCUUUUGGCAAAGCCCGCGCACCAGAGAGAAAAAAUCUCGGUAGCAGCAGCAGCAGCCUAAGUAAGAGGCCCAGGUUUAGGUAAACAUUGAUUUUUUCGUGCUCUUUCUACUAGUAGUUGAACUUUAUUACGGUUACCAAAUCAGCUGUAUAAUAGUUAGCUCUCAACUGAGUGCCAACUUUUAGGUUUUCUACCAGGUGUAUGUAAGAUAGUUUUCGUAAUCUAUGAUGUGUGGAAGUUGGACCUUUUGUUCAGGUGAACCCAGGACAUAUCGUGCAUGCAUGGAACUUCAUAUUAGUGAAAUUGCACAUCUUAAUAAUAUCAUGGGAAAUUUGCAUUUUAGGUCC